AUGUCCGCCUCAAUUCCAGAAACCAUGAAAGCCGUUGUCAUCGAAAAUGGCAAAGCUGUAGUCAAACAGGACAUCCCCAUUCCUGAAUUAGAAGAAGGUUUCGUUCUGAUCAAGACCGUCGCCGUUGCCGGUAAUCCUACAGAUUGGAAACAUAUUGAUUAUAAGAUUGGUCCUCAAGGUGCUCUCUUGGGUUGUGAUGCUGCAGGUCAAAUCGUAAAGUUGGGUCCAAAUGUUGACGCUGCACGCUUUGCUAUUGGUGAUUACAUUUUUGGGGUUAUUCACGGUGCCUCAGUGAGGUUCCCCUCAAACGGUGCCUUUGCCGAAUAUUCUGCCAUCUCAUCCGAGACUGCCUAUAAGCCAGCCAGAGAAUUUAGAUUGUGUGGUAAAGACAGACUGCCAGAAGGUCCUGUCAAGUCUUUGGAAGGUGCCGUCACCCUCCCAGUCUCACUGACCACGGCCGGUAUGAUCCUCACACAUAGUUUCGGUUUGGACAUGAAGUGGGAGCCCUCCAAAGCACAAAAAGAUCAGCCUAUCUUAUUUUGGGGUGGUGCCACUGCUGUUGGCCAGAUGCUGAUUCAAUUGGCCAAAAAAUUAAAUGGUUUCAAGAAGAUCAUCGUUGUCGCUUCUCGUAAGCAUGAGAAGCUAUUAAAAGAGUACGGUGCCGAUGAACUUUUUGACUAUCAUGAUGCGGAUGUUAUUGAACAGAUCAAGAAGAAGUACAACAACAUUCCUUACUUGGUGGACUGUGUCUCUAAUACAGAAACUAUUCAACAGGUGUACAAAUGUGCGGCUGAUGAUUUGGACGCUACAGUAGUUCAAUUGACAGUUUUAACAGAGAAAGACAUCAAGGAGGAAGAUAGAAGGCAAAAUGUUACCAUUGAAGGGACCUUGUUAUAUUUGAUAGGAGGUAACGACGUCCCAUUUGGCACCUUUACUCUGCCAGCUGACCCCGAAUACAAGGAAGCCGCCAUCAAAUUCAUUAAAUUCAUCAAUCCAAAAAUCAACGACGGUGGAAUCCACCACAUCCCAGUGAAAGUUUACAAGAACGGGCUUGAUGAUAUCCCACAAUUGCUUGAUGAUAUCAAGCACGGGAGGAACUCUGGUGAAAAAUUGGUUGCGGUCUUAAAAUAG